GCACUGGACACAACAGCGACAGGCAUUCGGUUUCCUUCCUAGCACCUGUCAUUGCCCUGGCGCAGAUCGGCCCAGAACCAUAACACUGAGGUGUCACGAACCAAAGAUUCCCAUCCCAUCACAAUGGCUUCACAGCUUCUGGAACUGCCAAGGGAGAUCCGAGAUAUGAUCUCGUCAAUCGUCAUCAUCGACAACAACGACCAAGCAUUCCAUCUGAACGGCAAAUCCACCUCGGGGCUCUCUUCAAACACUUCCUCCGGCCUGGCUUCGACCUGCAAACAACUGCAAGCUGAAUACUCUUAUCUUCUUCGCAAAGCAGCCCUCACGCCAGGCACGAAGAUUGUCGUUCCCGUCCACGACUUCGACUUCUCUCAACUUAUAUCUUUCGUCAACACACUCCGACCGCACGAAAUCAAAACUGCUAGCCGGAAUGGGAAUAUUGUCGUCAAUCUUGUCAACCUCCAAAGCAUGGCAAGUCUUCGAACGAAGCAGCAGCAGGACCUGUAUAACUGGAUUGAGUCCUGUCAGCAUACUGGAAUCGAGGUCACAUAUACUGCUCAAUGGAGUAGUAUCGACACGAAGUAUCUUCAAUCGCUUCAGGCUAUGCUCGAUACGACGCGUGAGGGGCGGAAGAUCGUGAAAGCGCUGGCUGCGAAGAACAUCAAGAGCUGGAGUUGGGACAGUUGGCAAGCCGGACUAUUGCAGCAGCGCACCCAGAAAGGUGACCAGAGACCGGCCCCAAGCCGAGCUUGUUGGACGACUGCGAAGUGA